UCGGCCCCGCUCCCCGGCUGCGGGCUGCCCCAGGGCCUAGCUGGGCCCCAGGCGCUGCACUGGGGGUCCCGGGCUGCCCCCCCCCUUCUGCUUAGCGAUUGGCAACGCCGCGGCCUAGCUCCUGGGCCGGCUUCUCCGGAGAGCUCGGGGCCCGUCUACACUGUGGAGGCCGCGGGGCCGGGCCCACGCUCUAGUCCUACAGCGGCAGACGGGGGUAGUUAAUCACCUCUCUGAGAGGCGGUGGGCAGAAGAAUCCCUCCCUUGACCGAGCUGCCUCUAGGCCGGGCGUUAGCCUAACAACCACAGCGCUCAGGGCAGUCCCUUUCACAGCCCUGAGCGGAGUAGCGAGGAUGCCCUAAAAGAUCAGCUCUACGGCAGCUGGCUCCCUUCCCAAGCAAGUGAAAAUAGUUGAAGUUGGCCCCAGAGAUGGAUUGCAAAAUGAAAAAAAUAUUGUCCCUACACAGGUGAAAAUCAGCUUAAUUAAUAUGCUGUCCGAAACAGGACUUCCGGUCAUAGAGGCUACCAGCUUUGUUUCUCCCAAAUGGGUUCCUCAGAUGGCUGACCACACAGAAGUCUUGCAGGGAAUUCAGAAAUUUCCUGGUGUCAGCUACCCAGUACUGACCCCUAAUCUUAAAGGAUUUCAAGCAGCGGUGGCAGCAGGGGCCAAGGAGGUGUCUAUCUUUGGAGCAGCCUCUGAACUCUUCACUAAGAAGAACAUUAACUGCUCCAUAGAGGAGAGUUUGCAGAGGUUCAGUGAAGUGAUGCAUGCAGCAGGAGCGGCCGGUAUUGCAGUCAGAGGGUACGUCUCUUGUGUUCUUGGUUGUCCCUAUGAAGGAAAGAUUGCCCCUGCUAAGGUUGCAGAGGUAUCCAAGAAGAUGUACUCCAUGGGGUGCUACGAGAUUUCCCUGGGUGACACCAUUGGUGUUGGGACCCCUGGGAGCAUGAAGGAAAUGCUCUCUGCUGUCAUGAAAGAGGUACCCGUCGGGGCCCUUGCUGUUCACUGCCAUGAUACCUAUGGGCAGGCUCUCGCCAACACCUUAGUAGCACUUCAGAUGGGGGUGAGUGUGGUCGAUUCCUCAGUUGCUGGUCUCGGAGGCUGCCCGUACGCACAAGGAGCAUCAGGAAAUGUAGCUACAGAAGACUUAGUGUACAUGCUACAUGGCCUGGGGAUUCAUACCGGAGUGGAUCUACAGAAGCUGAUGGAGGCAGGUAUGUUUAUCUGCAAAGCACUGAACAGAAGAACCAGUUCCAAAGUGGUUCAGGCUUCCAGCAGACUGUGACACGCAUCAGUUUCUCCUCCGACAAGUCAGUGAAGAAAGCCUUGGUGAGGAUCUGGAGCCUUGCCAAGUUUACAUUUGCUGUCUGGGUUGUUCUUAAAUAUUCACCAAGUCCAAAGCCCAAAAGGGAACGGGAGACUAUAUAGUAGAAUCUACAAAGAAAUGAAAUAAACAAGAAUGCUUUAGCAAGACCUCCAUGAACAUGUUACACAUCUUUAAAGAGAGGGGAGCUGGCCUCUGACAGCGCUGUCGUGAAAUGGACAAACUUGUAUCUGAGGAAAGAGUAAGGGACAUACUGUUGCUUUUAUGCAAAGAACAGAAGGCAGUAGGCACCUUGGAAAUUUCUUUGAGCUUUCUUGAUGGGGGUAAUGUUUGUUUGUUUGAGAUUAACAGGGAGCUCAGAAGAGCAGCCACUCAGGUUAAUUACCACCUCCAGGGGAUUGUCCGCAUAGGACUAACACUACAGUGCACCCAGUUAGAGCACUUUCCUUGGGUCAGACUUGUGCUAGCUUCUCAGAACAGCAUGGAGCAAUCCUCUCCUCGCAUCACAAGCAAAAGUUACGAUUGAAAACGCAAGGAAGCACCUUUAUUCUAUACAUCGGAGUGAAUAUCAAGGGUGUCGAUCCAGCUUUGGAUCUAGCUCUGAGUAUUCGGUAGUGGAGGAGGGUAUGGGGUCAUAAGAUGCUUUUCAGUUAAUUGUCAGUUGUGUUAGGGAAAGAUUAAUAUUUUAGAUGAUAAAAUCUGUGAGUAGCAAAAAUCUGGUGUGAUUAAACCAGGGGGGAAGAACAACUUAGUACUAAAUGUGUGGCAGGAAAUCGUAUCAGGAUAACUACUGUGUGAGCAGCAUGCUAAUGGGAGAGUGUGGAAGAAGUGCCUUAUGGUUACUGCCCUGCAGAGAAAAUCUAGACCAAGGUUCUCAAACUUCAUUGCACCGCGACUCCCUUCUGUCAACAAAAAUUACUACAUGACCCCAGGAUGGGGACCGAAGCCUGAUCCUGCCCAAGCCGCACUGCCUCAGGUGGUGGGGCCAAAGUCUGAGCCCCAACACCCCGGGUCAGGGGGCCAAAGCCCAAGGGCUUCAGCCCCAGGCUGUAACCUGAGCCCCACCGCACAGGGUUGAAGCCCUUGGGCUUCAGCUUUGGUCCCGGAUGGUGGGUUUGGCUUUGGCCCUGGGCAGCAAGUCUUAGCCAGCCCUGCCAACCUCAUUCAAAUGGGGUCCCAACCCACAGUUUGAGAACCGCUGAUCUAGACCAACAGGGCAAGAAGAAAUUAAACAGAACUAGUGUAAUUUCUGUACUUCGCUUGAAUUUCUCAUAUCAGCUGGAAUUGUCAGCCGUUCAGUUUCUACGGAACUCUGAUCACUGAACAAAUUAUUAAUUUUUUCAUAAAAAUAUGGAUUUAUUAAAAAUAGCCUGAGCCAGUUACUAAUACACAAAGCUUGUAUUGAUGGCGGGUGGGCGUCUGUUUCAUGGCUAACCUCUGCUUAUUAUUAUUUACUUUCCACUGGGAUGAUCUUUACAGCACCAACAUCCUUUUUGCAAAACACUGGAAUCAUAAAUAUGUUUAUGUAACAUCAAUAAAUUAUAUUUUAAAAUGA